CUUCCUCUCUAUCCGCCCCUCUCUGUGGUCACCGUGGGCCCGCCCUCUUAGGCUGACCUAGUGCUCCUUGGACUCUUCCCGCAGCCGACUCCGGGGUAGCGGGGCGAGGAGGGUGGAAGCCGGCACAUGGCGGUCCCGGUGGCCGCGGCCGGGGCUGGCGCCAGGCCCAGGUUAGAUCUGCAAUUUCUCCAGCGGUUCCUGCAGAUACAGAAGGUUUUGUUUCCCUCCUGGUCAUCACAGAAUGCCUUGAUGUUCCUGACCCUGUUGUGUGUCGCCCUACUGAAACAACUGGUGAUCUACCAGGUUGGCUUGAUCCCCAGUCAGUACUAUGGGGUCCUGGGAAACAAAGACUUGGAUGGGUUUAAGACCCUGACAUUCCUGGCUGUGGUGCUCAUCGUUCUCAACUCCAUGCUGAAGAGCUUUGACCAGUUCACCUGCAACCUGCUGUAUGUGAGCUGGAGAAAGGACCUCACCGAGCACCUUCACCGCUUCUACUUCCAAGGCCGCGUGUACUACACCCUUAACGUGUUGCGGGAUGACGUCGAUAACCCGGACCAACGCAUCAGCCAGGAUGUGGAACGAUUCUGCCGACAGCUCAGCAGCAUGGCCAGCAAGCUGAUCAUCUCCCCCUUCACCCUCAUCUACUACACCUACCAGUGCUUCCAAAGCACGGGCUGGCUUGGGCCUGCGAGCAUCUUCGGGUAUUUCAUCCUGGGAACCCUUGUGAACAAAAUGUUGAUGGGGCCCAUUGUGGCAAAGCUGGUGCAGCAGGAGAAGCUGGAGGGGGAUUUCAGGUUCAAGCACAUGCAGAUCCGGGUGAAUGCUGAGCCUGCUGCUUUUUUCAGAGCUGGGCACGUGGAGCAUGUGAGGACAGACCGCAGGCUGCAGAGACUCCUUCAGACCCAGAGGGAGCUGAUGUCCAAGGAGCUCUGGCUGUACCUCGGUGUCAACACAUUCGACUAUCUGGGCAGCAUCCUGAGUUACGUUGUGAUCGCCAUCCCUAUUUUCAGUGGUGUCUAUGGAGACCUGAGCCCCACAGAGCUCAGCACUCUGGUCAGCAAGAAUGCCUUUGUGUGCAUUUACCUCAUCAGCUGCUUCACCGGCCUCAUCGACCUCUCCAGCACGUUCUCAGAUGUGGCUGGUUACACACACAGAAUCGGGGAACUUCAGGAGACCCUGCUGGACAUGUCCCUGAAGUCGCGGGGUGGCGAGGUCCCGGACGAGAGCGAGUGGGACAUGGACAGGGCCCCAGAGUGGCCGGUCGCAGAGCCAACAGACACAGCUUUUCUCCUCGAGCGGGUUUCCAUCUCUGCCCCCUCCUCUAAUAAACCCUUAAUCAGGGAUCUGAGCCUGAAGAUCUCUGAGGGGCAGAGCCUGCUCAUCACAGGCAACACAGGCACGGGCAAGACGUCAUUGCUCCGGGUUCUCGGCGGCCUCUGGGCAAGCACACGGGGCUCAGUGCAGAUGCUGACGGACUUUGGACCCCAUGGGGUGCUGUUCCUGCCACAAAAGCCAUUCUUCACGGAUGGGACCCUUCGGGAGCAGGUGAUAUAUCCCCUGAAGGAAAUCUACCCGGACUCAGGUUCUACUGAUGAUGAGAGGAUCAUGAGGUUCUUGGAGCUGGCAGGCCUGUCCAGUUUGGUGACCAGGACAGAGGGUCUGGACCAGCAGGUCGAUUGGAACUGGUAUGAUGUUCUGUCCCCAGGAGAGAUGCAGAGGCUCUCCUUUGCCCGGCUCUUCUACCUGCAGCCAAAGUAUGCAGUGCUUGAUGAAGCCACCAGUGCCCUGACCGAGGAGGUGGAGAGCGAGCUCUACCGCAUUGGCCAGCAGCUGGGCAUGACGUUCAUCAGCGUGGGACACCGACAUAGCCUUGAGAGGUUUCACUCCUUGGUUCUGAAACUCUGCGGAGAAGGAAGAUGGGAACUGACCAGAAUCAAAGUGGAGUGAAGCCAAGGGUGUGGCUGGCCCCUGGAAGAAGUGCCCAGCUCGGGGCAGAUAGGCAUUCUCCUGGAGAGACCGGGGGAGGGGGGGCCUGUGGGGCACGGGAGAUCCCUGGCUCGCCUCCCAGGCCCUGUGCGGGGGGCACUGGCAGCAGGGGGGGCCCAGCCGGGGUGCGGCUCGCUGCGGGGCACCCAGUCCUGCCAGGGCGCCUCCUGCCGCCUCAGCCAGAGCUCCCUGCACUCGGGGUGCCGAUUGCUUACGAACAGCCUCAGAUUGUGUUUUCUAAAGAAAAACCUGAAAGUGUGGGAUCUGUGAGAAAUGUAGGGUCAUUGUGGAGAGAAUAUUGGGCUUAAAGUCACGCAAUCCAGAAAUCUUUUAAAUCCAUUAAAUUUUGUAGCCAUAGAUUUUUUAAUUUUAAUC